AUGACUGUUUCACAUCUCAACUCGUUCCUUGGUCGACUACCGUACGAUGUUCGCCUCGAGUUGUAUUCGUAUAUCACCCUGCCACCGUUUGAAGGGUGGUCAGACUAUUCCGGGCUUUGGCUUUCCUGUCGACAGCUCUACGAAGAGGUAGAUCGCGAAGGAACGAGACAACUGCGGAUAUAUCUGCAGAGCAUCAGUGGAUAUGAUUCCAUAAAGUCCGAUCACGAUGGUACACCUGAGGGCUGUUCUGAUGGAGCUGAACAACAUCUCAGCCUGGAGUUCGAGGCCCCAUCAUCCAUAUUUGGGUUUCCACCUAUAGGUGUCAAGAUUCCGUUCUUGCUCCCUCCAGUCGAGCACGACUGGCAGCUCCAAGGACCCCCACCAAGGAUAUGUGGAAAUGGCGUUCGCGCGAUAAUGCGAUUGGGGCCUCAAAACCCAAAGUAUCACAAGAUGAUGACCAGAUGGGAACAAGGUCGACAAGAAGCGCUAUACAAACGUCGUGUGAGCAAGUUACUUGAGCCUAUUGGGUGGUUGCACAGGCUUCAUGUGAAUAUCAAAGUUUGCCUCCUCGCCGAUGAAAGCACAGCGACAAGAAUCACCAAGGAGGCCACAUUUGACAAGCAACUAGUCUUUCGACCCGAGCUUGCAUCUACCGCACUUGGGCAAAUGCUUGACAUCUACGUGCACCAAUUGAGCGAUCAGAGCUCCGAGCGAAUGCGGUGCUGGUCAGAAGACUGGGCCUUCUACACGCACACAAUCGACAUGGCGUGGGACUUCACCUCUCACGACCCAGAAGUACGUGAGCAGCAUCAAUGGCGCCCUCAUUACGGAGGCGAUGAAUGCAGAGAGAACAAAUUAUCGUAUACUGGAGACCGGCGAGAAGGAACUGUGCAUAUGACGUUUGAUGUGGGGACCUAUGUGCAGAUGAGAGUCAGUGAAGUUCAAGGUCAGAUCGAAGCGAUGAUAGCUGAAGGGCGAGCGGAGCGCGACAAGGCAAUGCUCGACAGAUUCAAGGAAACACUUGCUCAAAAUAAGAAGAAGCUGCGGAAGCUAGGGAUCUCUGGACGAGAACCAGAAUCUGGCGACAGUAGGUCAGGAUCGACACGGGUGUGA